ACGGGCGUUUCAGUUUUCAUUCUUUCCCACACCCUUUUACCUUUUCCUGGUUGUAGAUUGCAAAGUAUCACAGUUCAACUGUGUAAAACAUCCAGACUUUCAAGGCACCUCUCUCUAUGGAUUUGCUACUGGAAUGUUUAUUUAUCUGGCAAGUUUUAAGGACUUAUCAGGAAGAAUCAGCUUCACCAGUACCAUUCAAUGUGCAUAUGGAUAUGUACGCAAAUGGAUCUUUAGUACUGAAACAGAGCUAAUCUAUUUGAGUAUCUGUGGUUUUGAUUUAAUUUGCCACUUCAACAAAUACACACCCCAAUUUCCCCAAGGAGAAAUACGCUCACAUAUUUUCUUACUAUGUGAUACAAUGAGAAACGGCUUAUUUUGCUUCUGACCUGAGAUGACAUGAUCAAUCAAGACAAUGAGAUAUACAAAGCAAGAGUUUGCUACGAUGGUUCUUGGAAUUGUGGUUUAUGUUGCGGAUGUUGGAGCAGAUCUCUGGGUAGCAAACAAAUAUUUCCGUGAGGGACAGUAUCUCUGGUGUGCCUUGACAUUGGCCACAGUGCUUCUUUCAUCACUAGUUGUCCAGUAUUUCAGUUACACUUGGUUUAAAGAUGAUGGUACUGACAAGCUGAGUUGGAUUUCUUCAUUACAUCUCUUACAAGCUGGAAUAUUGACAAGGUACUGGGCUGCGCUGAAAUGUGGCUACCAGGCAGCAUUUAAAACAAACAACUCAGAAGAUGGAUUGAUUGAUGGUUGCACCAGCCCCAUUCACAAGAUUGCCAUUUGUGCAAUGACUGAUAUAAGUAUGCUCAGACUAUUUAAGGCAUUUCUGGAAAGCACACCCCAGCUCAUUCUUCAGAUCUAUAUCCUGAUGACAUCUGACAGUUCUACCCCCAGCCAGUAUGCAACCAUUGCAAUGUCUUUCUGCAGCAUUUCCUGUGCAACUGUGGACUAUCAGAUAGCUUUACGAAAAUCCCUGCCUGAGAAAAAAAACUUUCCAGGGAUAUUUUCCAAAUUAAUGUAUCUUUUCUAUAAACUGUUGACUUUGACUUCCUGGAUACUCUGCAUCGCUCUGGUUACCGUACUAAGUGUAACAUCUCUUGUUCUACUUGUGUUUCUUUGGCUUUUGAGUAUAUGUUGGGUCCUGAAGCAACACACGACAUUUUGUACAUCCAAAGGACCAGAAAUUGUCUACAGGACUAUUGUGGGAAUCAUUCUUAUUUUUACCUUUUUUAAUGUCAAGGGAGAAAAGACCAAAAUACCUCUGAUUGUUUAUUAUACUACUCGGGGGUUUAUAACCGCAACAAUAGUGUAUGUUUGCGUGUCCUGCAAAUCAGUGUUUAAUGGGAAAAUAUAUUUGUUAUCUGUAAUCAUGGUGGUCGUUAUCACCCUAAUAUCGGGCAUCAUUUUUCUUAUUUCAUAUUAUGCAUGUUUUCAUCCUAGGAAUUUUUACACACAAGAUGUAGUUGAUGGACCAGGAAUUUAUUACACACAAGAGGUAACUGAUGGACCAGGAAGUGGAAGAACAGAAAACUGUAGAAUGAGGGGAUUCCUGAUGCAAUAAAUCUCACGACAAUUGUCUGCUGCUGCUGCUAUGCUUCUUUUUAUUUAAUAAGAUAUGAUAGCCAUCUUCAAAUAUCUAAAGGGCUGUCACAUGCA